AUGACCUACACACAGUUUGGCUUCCCCUGUUUUUCUUGGACAGCAAUGCUGGACAGCGCGGCCCCCGGCCCCGAGCCGCCGCUGUCCCAUUGCAGGGAGCGAACGCCGGGAGAUGGCCGGGCCAGGGCGGGUGAGGAGCGCUCGGGGGCCGUUGCUGGCCCCGGGCCGAGCGCUGACAGCCGCGUCCCGCCCGCAGGGAAGGCGCAGCAGCGCCUGAAGGAGCAGUACCGGCUGGGCUCGCUGCUGGGGCGUGGAGGAUUCGGCAGCGUCUUCGCCGCAACACGGCUCUCGGACGGCGCCCCGGCAGGAGCUGAGCCCUGUUCUGCACUUGGCUUGCAGGUGGCCAUCAAAAGGGUGCCACGGAACCGCGUCCAUCACUGGGGUGAGCUGCCCGACGGCACCAGCGCACCCCUGGAGAUUGUCCUGCUGGCAAAGGUGUCCAAUGGCUUCCCUGGUGUGGUCCAGCUGCUGGAGUGGGUUGAGCUCCCAAACGAUAUCUUGAUGGUGCUGGAGCGCCCGGAGCACUCUCAGGACCUGCACCAUUUCAUUCGGGCACGGGGGUUCCUAUCCGAGGAGGUGGCGCGGCAGCUGUUCCACCAGGUGCUGGAGGCCGUCUGGCACUGCACCAGCUGCGGGGUCCUGCACAGAGACAUCAAACCAGGGAACAUCCUGGUUGACCUGGCCACCGGGCAAGCCAAAUUGAUUGAUUUCGGCUGUGGCACCUACCUGCAAGAGACAGCCUACAUUCACUUUGCAGGAACACCAUCAUACAGCCCCCCAGAAUGGACCCAUUUUGGCUGGUACUAUGGCAAGCCAGCUACCAUCUGGUCCCUGGGCAUCGUGCUGCACCAGAUGGUCUGUGGGGAGCACCCUUUCAGGAGGGACCAGAACAUCAGCUGGGACCAUCAGCUCUCGCUGCCACAACGGCUCUCUCCAGAGUGCCAAGAUCUGAUCAGGCGGUGUUUAUCCAUGCUGGACUUGGAAAGGCCCUCAUUAGAAGAGGUGUUCUGUCAUCCUUGGAUGCAGGAUAUACAUCUGCCGUAGAAGAAGGGAGAGAGCCACAGGCACACUGUGCUGCAGGGCCCCACUGGGGCCCUGGGCAGAGCUCUGACAGCCUGGUCUGAGCCCAGGGAAGGAGAAGGAGCCCCCAGAGAAGCUGUACCGGGUGGGGCUGCUGCUGCUGGGGACAGUGAGGAUCACAUAAAGGAUGACAGCCUCUUCCUGGACCUGGCCACUGGCAAGCUGAAGAUGAUGGACUUCAAUUCUGGCACCUUCUUCAGAGCCUGGCUCCACAGCGAAUUUACAGAUGAGUCCACACGCAGGGGGAUGCUCCCAGAUUUGGGCAUUGCACAGCCUGGCCGCGAACCAAAGGUUCCCCUCUUUGCUGGGGUGGAUGCAGCUGAUUGUUCAGUCGGCUGCCCAGCUGCUUUUGGCAGGGCUGGGGGAAUGGGCUGGGGUGGGUACAAAAUGGGAGUGGACUCCCGGCCCUGCCAACAGCCCCCAGCACCCACCGUGCCCCAGGCUGGGGCUGGGGCAGCCAGCCCAACACAAACAAACCCCCGUGAUGGGAGCAGAGGUGGGACUCCAGAACCUGUGCAGGGGCUGCUUUGCUGUGCAGGCAAGGAAGGGCUUGGGCUGCUCCACUGCCCUUGUUUGCUUUGGGAUCACGGUUAUUGUGGGGGGCAGUGCAGGGGAAAGGGAGAAAGCCUGGGCUUCCUCACCCAUGGCUGGUUUUUUCCCUGGCAUGCAGGGGUUGGUGCUUCCUCAAGCCCCUGACAGACAUAAGAUCUUUUACCUCUUUUCUUGUUUCCCCUUUUUGUCUGUAAUCUAUUUUCAAUAAUUUAUUGUUUGUUUUUCUAGAGGAAACGUUCCAGAUGGGGUCCAGUCUGGAUCGGGAAAUGCUUGGGACCAGCUGUGGCGUGGAUGGGCCGUGGCCUUGGAGCAGGCUGAGGACAUCGUUUGGGACCAGCUUUUCUUCCAGCUGUGGAUUGCAUGAGCCGGGCUCUGCGGAUGCUGAGGCUGCUUUGGGCUCUGCCAGGGCUCUGCUGGAGCUCAGCACCGGGCCGGAAUCAACCAAAGAAGAAAUAGUGUCACCUGCAGCACAGACUUGCUUGAGCAUUUCGGCAACACAGCUCAAGUUUGCAGAGUGUACACCUUCAAGGGAAAACAUGACACGUGCCAAAAAUUAAAAUUGUUCAAUACCUUCUGAAAUCAAA